CCAAAAUUACAAAACCAAAUUUCUCUCUCUUCCAUUCUGAAAAACCCCAUUUCUAUCUGCCCAAAUUUUCCAUUUUUAACUCUAUGAUCUCCACAAAAAAUCAAAUCUUGAAAAUCCAAUCAGUGACUAAAAAAGCCCCAUUUCAAACCCCUCAAUCUUGAAAAUUCAAACAGUGACUGGAUUUUAAAUACUUAAUCUUGGUCUGUAAAAUCUUGAAAUUUUCUUGAAAAUUCAAUCAGUGAUUGUAAAAAAGAAACCCCAUUUCAUCAAAUGGCUCCUACACCUUCAUCAAAAAAUCAUACAACUCCAACUCCCUCAUCAAAACUACACCAAACACAUACAACUCCAAGAACCCCACAUUCGAAACAUCGUUUAAAUUUCAACUCAGUAAAACCCUCACCAAACCCUAAUUCCACAACAAUGAAAGAAGGGGCCCCACAUCCCGAGCACCCCGUUGAGGUUAUUGGUAGAAUACGCGAUUACCCCGAUAAAAAGGAGAAAUCUUUAUCAGCUUUACAAGUAAAUUCUGAUAGUAGGUCUUUACGCGUUAGGACUGAUAUAGGGUAUAGGGAUUUUACCCUUGAUGGGGUGUCGUUAUCGGAGGAAGAGGACCUCGAUGAGUUUUAUAAGAAGUUUGUUGAGUCAAGAAUUGAUGGGGUGAAAUUAGGGGAUAAGUGUACUAUAAUGAUGUAUGGACCAACUGGUUCUGGAAAAAGCCAUACCAUGUUUGGUAGUUUAAAGCAGCCCGGAAUUGUUUAUAAGUCGUUGAGGGAUAUAUUAGGUGAUGGCAAUGAAGAUAGUGAUGAGAAGGUUGGUGUUGGUACGUUUGUUCAGGUUACCAUUUUGGAAAUAUAUAAUGAGGAGAUUUAUGACUUGUUAUCGACGACUAAUAGUGGUGGUGGAUUUGCUUUUGGUUGGUCCAAGGCAAGUGCUUCUAAGGUGAAGCUGGAAGUUAUAGGCAAAAAAGCAAAAAAUGCAACUUUCAUUUCGGGGACUGAAGCCAUAAAGAUAUCGAAAGAGAUCCAAAAAGUGGAAAAGAGAAGAAUUGUAAAGAGCACUCUGUGUAAUGAGAGGAGCUCGCGGAGCCACUGCAUGAUAAUCCUUGACGUCCCAACAGUGGGAGGGCGACUUAUGCUUGUGGACAUGGCUGGUUCUGAGAAUAUUGAACAAGCUGGUCAAACUGGUUUGGAAGCAAAAAUGCAGACUGCAAAAAUCAACCAGGGAAACAUUGCAUUGAAGAGGGUUGUUGAGUCUAUUGCCAAUGGUGAUUCUCAUGUGCCAUUUAGAGAUAGCAAGUUAACCAUGCUAUUACAGGACUCUUUUGAGGAUGACAAGUCCAAAAUUCUUAUGAUACUAUGUGCAAGCCCAGAUCCGAAAGAGCUUCACAAGACCAUCUCCACUCUGGAAUACGGUGCCAAAGCAAAGUGCAUUGUCCGUGGUCCUCAUACACCAUUAAAGGAGAAAGGUGAGGAUUCUUCAUCCACUGUUAUUUUGGGAUCAAGGAUUGCUGUUAUGGAUCAGUUCAUAUACAAGCUUCAGACGGAGAACAAGUUGAAAGAGAAAGAGCGUAUUGAAGCUCAGAAAGAGCUUAUGAAGAAAGAAGAAGAAGUUGCUAUGCUUAGGGCCAAACUUGAGUUAGUACAAGGAAAAGGGACGGAGAUAACUGAGGAAGAGAUCAAUGUUAAAGUAAAUGAGCGAACUCAGAUGUUGAAGAGUGAGUUGGAGAAGAGGAUACAAGAAUGUCAGAAGACGGCAGAUGAAAUUGUUGAAAUGGAAAGGAGGAAGAUGGAAGAAAGAAUGUUCCAGCAGCAACAAGAAUUCGAAAUGCUCCGGAGGCGCUUGGAGGAGAUGGAAGUUGAGCUUCGCCGCUCUAGGGCUGAAAGUGGAGGAUCAGUAGAAGUGGAGGAAAAUACUUUCGCAAAAAGGCUGCAGGAGAUUUACUCUGAAGAUGCAGGGAUGGUAAAAUCUAUGGAUUUGGACCAAUCAAUCGAUAUGGACAAUGGAAAGAGGGACACCGGUAGCACUUUCCAAGCAAUCUUUGGUUAUCCUAACAUAAACAAUUCACGAGAAGUUGAAGAUCCUGCCGUGUUGUUGCCACAUUUCACCAAUAAAGGCAUCUUGAGCACUGUAUUUGAAGAAGAUGAAGAAGGCGAUGAUGAAGGGGAUAUAGAGAAGAAUCCUCCUGUUGACGAGGAGGUGCAGAAGGAGGUCAUUGAGGAAAAAACAAUAUGUUCCAGUCUGCUCGAUCAUGAUGUUUGUAUGGGUGCAGCCCCUUCUAGGCAAGCGCUUAUUCAGAACAUUUUCACACUCUGUGGAAAUUAUCGAGAGCUUUCAGGGAAGAAUUUUGAAGAUACUGAUUCCUUAUCACCUACAGUUAAGACAAUCGGAGAGGAUUAUGCUGUAAAAGAUUUUCAUAAUCCAUCUGUGCUUGCUGCAGAAGUUUUCUCCAAUGAUCUUUUGCAUCCUGAGACCAUUAAAAAGUCAGCGGUUAAUCGCACAAGAACUUUUAAGAGCUCUUAUGAUAAGGAAAAUGAUUCAAAGGAGAACUUCAAUCCUACUUGUGGUGAUCUGGAAGUCCAUGUGAAAUGGGAAGCCGCAUCAAAAGAGAAUCCUGGUGUGGAAACCACGCUAAAGGUUGAUAAAGAUUCAUCUCUAGCUGAUCUGCGCAAGCUGAUUGAGAUACACCUCGGUGCUGACAGUCCAUCAUUCACUUUCCUUGGAGUAGGGGAUCCAUCUGGUGCUCCAGUGCCUAAAGAACAGGAGCUAGUCACACCAGCAAGUAAGCUUCCAAAGUGCAACAACUUGUCACGUGGUCACCUAGUUUACUUACGUCCAGUGAAGGGAACACAGCGAUUUAAUCACCUGCCAUUUACUCCGCUGGAAAAUAAGCUUCCGUUAACUCCAAAGUCACAUAUCAAAGAAGUAGGUACUGGACUUUCUCCCAAAGUAGGAGAACAUUUGAGUAGAACACCCUUUGUAACUGUCAAAAGAUAUCUGAAUGAGAGUGUCAGUUGAUAUGCUCGCAUGAGUUUGUGUGAAUGUGAAUCAUGUAUGUAAUCACACGACGAUAUGAUAUUUUGCUCGAGUACAUUGCAUAUGUACUCGUAUUGGAUUUAAAUCGUGUGAUGUGUUUUCAAAUGCUUGGAUUUCAUGUCUUAAUUCAUACCUCUAUUAUUUUCAUAUUAUUGAUGGCA